UUCAUAUUCAAAACCCUGUAUUUCCCCUCCCUGCAAGAAAAAGAAAAUAAAUCCCUAAAACACACCAAAUGGGAACUCUUUCCCUUCAUCCCAAUCUCAACCUAUUCUUUCUCUUCCACCCCCCUUCCACACACAAAAACCCUAAUUUCUUCCACCAAAACCCUAAUUUCUCACCUUCUUCCCUUUCUCUCAAAUCUUCAAUCUUCCACUGUUCAAAAUCCAACCACAUUCCCGCUAUUUCUCAAUCAACUCCAACUCGCAUCAAACGCGUCUCUAGAGCCACUAAAAUCAAAGCACAACGUGCCCUACUUGAUUACCUUCUCUACACUCGAAAUUACGCUUUCCCAGACGCAGAAUUCAUCUCAAAAAACUCUCCACAUUUCAUCCAUUAUCUUAUCUCCAAGAUCAACAUUCAAGACGGCGACGUUUUUCGCUCUCUGAGGAGGUAUCUUAUGUAUAACCCUAUUAACGAAUUUGAACCAUUUUUAGAGAGUUUAGGUAUUAAACAAAGGGAAUUGCAAUUAUUUUUGCCUAAAGGCUUGUUUUUUCUUAUUGAUGAUAGUGUUUUGGUUGAUAAUUUUCAUGUAUUGUAUAAUCAUGGGGUUCCGAGGAAUAGAAUAGGGAAAAUUUAUAAAGAAGCAAGAGAGGUUUUUCGGUACGGUAGUGGUGUUUUGGCAAAGAAAUUCAAAAAUUACGAAGAUUUGGGUUUGAGUAAAUCUUCUAUUGUCAAGCUUGUUAUUUGUUGUCCAUUGCUUUUGGUUGGUGAUGUUGAUCCUGAGUUUGUUGCUGUUCUUGAUUGGUUGAAGAAAAUUGGGAUUGAGAGUCAAUGGAUUGUGUGCUGUAUGUCUUGUAUAAGAAAGUUUAGUUGGAAAAAAAUGAUCGACACUAUAAAGUUUGUUCAUGAAGUUGGAUAUUCUGAGAAACAAAUGUAUGAUUUGUUUAAAGCGGACCCUAGAUUGUUGUUGGAAGGUUCAGGGAAGAAGAUGUACUUGUUUUUGGGUCGGUUGAUUAAGUCUGGUGUUGAUGUGAAUGUGGUUCGUUCUUGUUUUGCAGAGCAUCCCGAUUUGUUGUCAAGGAAGAGUGUGAACAAUUUGAUUGCCGUGAUUGCUUUUUUGUAUAAUAUUCGAAUGGAACAAGAUGAUAUGGAGCAUGUUUUGACUAACUACAUGCAUAUCCUGAGCAAACAUUCGAUAAAAGGUCAUAUAACUGUUUGUAAGGAGUUAAGAGUUGGAAAAGCUGAUUUAUGCCGAAUCAUAAAGGAUGAUCCAUUAGAGCUUAUUAGUUUGGCUUCAAAAUUGGAACAGAUUAGAGUUGGAAGGGAACACUAUUAUGACCCACGUAAUUAUUUGGAUAAAACAACUUUCUUGCUGAAAUUGAACUAUAUUGAGAAUUCUGAGGAGAUGGAAGAAGCAAUGGAGAUAUUUAAAGGGAGAGGUGAUCGGUUACAAGAGAGAUUUGAUUGCCUGGUAGAAGCUGGUUUGGAUUAUAACAGCGUGGUUAGAAUGAUAAGGCAAGAUCCUAGGAUUCUAAACCUGAAGAAAACUUUACUUCAAAAGAAGCUUGACUUCAUAAAAAACACUUCAGGUUUCCCAAUAGAAUGUGUUGUGGGAUACCCAUAUUACUUUUCUCGUGAUUUGGGCAGAGUUAGUGCAAGAUUUUCAAUGUAUCAGUGGUUGAAGAAGAGGAAUGCAAUCGAUCCUGUUAAAUCCUUCCGCAACAUAGUUUCAAUUAACGAAAAUAAUUUUGUAAAAUACUUUGUGAAUAUGCAUCCAGAAGGUCCAACAGUCUGGGAGAGUAUAAAAAGUUUAUCAAACAAAUAUUGGAAUUAACAGCUCCUUAUAUGAUAUCAAAUUUUGUUGAGAUGUAUAUACAGGCGUUGCUAAACCAUGCACUUACUUUUUAAUGGUAAGAACUGCCUUUCAAAUAAAUAAGCUAUGUUUGGUGCAUGCUUAAUAUCUGUUGUUGAUAUUGUUCUUUAUUAUUUCUUCCAAAUUCCAAUGCUUACCCCUUGUUACAUGAACUCAUGUUAUUUAUUACUACUUUGUGUUUACUUUUCUUCAUUUUGGAAUAGUAAUUACCAUGAAACAAAUUCGAAUGACGAGGGAAACAUUUUGCAUUAGAAGAUGUCCGAUACAUUCAGUUAGGAAAGUUGUUAUUGAAAUGUUUUCAUUUUAGUUUCGGUUAGCUCUUACGAGGAACAAUUAUUUUCUCAUUUGUUUAAUGGGAGUCAAUCAAGCACUUAUUGAGUUAUUGUUACUUGAUUUCUGAAUCAAAAUAAAUACUUACUAAUCAACAAUUAAAAACAAGUUUAUGGACAUUGUAGAUGAUAAGUUUACAUAUCAUCAGUGGAAUAACCUUUUGACAUUGAGCUGUAUUAGAAAGUUCUUUCUCACAACUUAUUCUUAACUUUGAAUUUUCAGCUACUUAUAGUUAGGUUAGGUUAUCAACUUAACCUUUCUAUCACCUUUUUCUCUGUUUAUUGGUUAUAUACAUACAUUACUGUACUACUUGAGAUAGUUUCUUCAGACAAACUUUUGAUUUGUCUAAAAUAUGAUGCAAUAAACUCUCCACAUUUCAUCAAUUACCUUAUCUCCAAGAUCAACAUUCAAAAAGGUGACGUUUUUCGUUCUCUCAAGAGGUAUGUAUCUUAUGUAUAACACUAUUAACGAAUUUGAACCCUUUUUAGAGAGUUUAGGGAUUAAUCAAACGGAAUUGCAAUUAUUUCUCCCUAAAGAUUUGUGCUUUCUUAGUGAUGAUAGUCUUUUGGUUGAUAAUUUUCAUGUAUUGUAUAAUCACGGGUUCCGAGGAAUAGAAUAGGGAAAAUUUACAAAGAAGCAAGAGAGGUUUUUGGGUAUGAUAAUGGUGUUUUGGCAAAGAAAUUUAGAGAUUAUGAAGAGUUGGGUUUGAGUAAUAAAUCUUCUUUUAUCAAGCUUGUUGUUUGUUGUCCAUUGCUUUUGGUUGGUGAUGUUGAUUCUGAUUUUGUUGCUGUUCUUGAUUGGUUGAAGAAAAUUGGGAUUGAGAGUGAAUGGAUUGCGCGUUGUAUGUCUUGUUCAAGAAUGUAUAGUUGGAAAAAAAUGAUUGAUACUAUAGAGUUUGUUUACCAAGUUGGAUAUUCUGAGAAAGAAAUGUAUGAUUUGGUUAAGGCAGACCCUAGAUUGUUGUUCCAAGGUUCAGGGAAGAAGUUGUACUUGCUUUUAGGUCGGUUGAUUAAGUCUGGUGUUGAUGUGAAUGUGGUUAGCUCUUGUUUCGCAGAGCAUCCCAAUUUGUUGUCAAGUAAGAGUGUUAAAAAUUUGAUGACCUUGAUUGCUUUUUUGUAUAAUAUUCGAAUGGAACAAGAUGAUAUUGAACAUGUUUUGACUAACUACAUAUGCAUAUCCUGAGCAAACAUUUGAUAAAAGGUCAUAGAACUGGUUGUAAGGAGUUACGGGUUGGAAAAGCUGAUUUAUGCAAAUCAUAAACGAUGAUCCAUUAGAGCUUAUUAGUUUGGCUUCGAAAUCGGAACAGAAGAGGGCUGGGAGGCAACACUAUUGCGACCCACUUAAUUAUAUGGAUAAAACAACUUUCUUGUUGAAAAUGAACUAAAUUGAGAAUUCUGAGGAGAUGGAAGAAGCAACGAAGAUGUUUAAAGGGAGAGGUGAUCAGUUACAUGAGAGAUUUGAUUGCCUGGUAGAAGCUGGUUUCGAUUAUAACAGUGUGGUUAGAAUGAUAAAACGAGAUCCUAGGAUUCUAAACAUGAAGAGAACUGUAAUUCAAAAGAAGAUUGAUUUCAUAAAAAACGCUUCAGUUUUCCCAAUUGAAUGUCUUGUGACAUACCCAAGAUACUUUUACCAUGAUUUGGGCAAAAUUAGUGCAAGAUUUUCAAUGUAUCAGUGGUUGAAGAAGAGGAAUGCAAUAAAUCCUGCGUUAUCCAUGUGUACCAUACUUUCAAUCCAGGAAAAACGUUUUGUAAAAUACAUUGUGAAUAUACAUCCCGAAGGUCCAACAAUCUGGCAUCUAUCAAAAGUUUAUCAAACAAAGAUAAGAAUUAACAGUUCCUUAUAUGAUAUCAAAUUUUGUUGAUAUGUACAUACACACACCUUGCUAAACCUUGCUUUUACUUUUUAGAGGUAAGAAACGCAUUUCAAAUAAAUAAGCUGUCUUUUUGGUGCA